AAACUGGGAAAAUAAUUUAAAAUAUAUAUUAUUAAAUUCAUUUGUGAGCUUAAACAAUUAUGAAUUCGAAUGCAUUAGUUAAUGGCACAGAUUCUCCAGUUUCUGGAGAAAUAAAACCAAUGGCAGAUAAACGUGAUUUGCUCGCUUUGCUCAAACUUAUCAAGAAAUAUAAUCUUAAACAAACGGAGGAGUUACUGUGCCAGGAGGCAAAUAUCAAACCCAAUGAAUUGGAAGAAGUAGAUGAUAAAGAAAUAACAACGAUAUUAUCAUCGGCCUUGGGAGAAAAUGUGGAGAAUACCAGUUCUGAAGGUAAACCAGGUCCCGGAAGUGAUCCUGAGUUGUAUGAUGCAGCCUACCGAGAUUUGCGCAGUUUUGUAGAUGAAUCCUUAGAUAUUUAUAAGCACGAAUUGUUUAUGGUGCUAUAUCCCAUACUAGUGCAAAUAUAUUUCAAGCUGGUAUCCGGGGGUUAUGCAAAAUCUGCUAGAGAGUUUGUGGAGAAAUAUGGGCCUGACUUGGACUAUUAUUAUCGGGAAGAUUUACAAAAUCUUUUACUUAUUACUAAACGCUCUGAAAUGGAUAAUAAUGAUUGGUACACCUCAAUGGAAUCGGAUAAAUUUAUUAUUCGCAUGUCCCGCGACGCACAUUCGUUGUUCAAACGUCACAUACAGGACCGCAAACAAGAGCUGAUAGCCGAUAUUGUGGCAAAGUAUUUACACUUUGAUACUUACGAGGGCACUGCCAGAUCCAAAAUCCAGUGUAAUGCUACUGCAGGAUCUUUGAUUGGAGAAUCUCGUAGACAGGAUAAUAAAAUUAGGGUCUACUAUGGCCUACUAAAGGAAGUAGACUUCCAAUUAUUAACAACUCCUGCUCCAGCGGCUGUUGAAGAAGAAGAUGAUAAUGAUCCUGAUGCUCCAGAUAAGCCCAAAAAGAAAAAACCUAAGAAAGAUCCACUAUUUUCAAAAAAGUCGAAAACAGAUCCCAAUGCUCCUUCCAUGGACCGCAUACCUUUGCCUGAGCUUAAAGAUGCCGAUAAAUUAGAAAGGCUUAAGGCCUUAAGAGAAGCCUCUAAACGCAUAGCACUCAAUAAAGAAUCAUUGCCCUCAAUUUGCUUAUACACCAUUUUAAACUCUCACAAUAGUGUUACAUGUUCUGAAAUUUCGGAAGAUUCCUAUAUGAUGGCCGUUGGUUUUACCGAUUCUAGCAUUAAAGUAUGGUCUUUGACACCCUCAAAAUUGAGGGAAAUGAAAAAUGCGGAAAUGCUUAAGGACAUAGAUAAAGAUGCGGAAGAUGUUUUAGUUCGCAUGAUGGACGAUAGAACCGGUGAAUCGGCUAGAACAUUUUAUGGGCACAGUGGACCAGUAUAUAGAUGCGCUUUUGCUCCAGAAAAAAAUAUGUUACUCUCCUGCUCAGAAGACACAACUAUACGAUUGUGGUCUUUGCAUACUUGGACUUGUAUAGUUGUUUUUAAAGGUCAUUUGUUUCCUGUUUGGGAUGUACGAUUUUCACCACACGGUUAUUAUUUUGCCUCUUGUUCGUAUGAUAAAACUGUACGUCUUUGGGCUACCGAUUCUAAUCAACCUUUAAGAAUAUUUACGGGUCAUCUUUCGGACGUUGACUGUGUGCAGUUUCAUCCCAACUCGAACUACAUAGCCAGCGGCUCUAGUGAUAGAACUGUUCGGCUAUGGGAUGUUUUAACGGGACAACUGGUGCGUCUUAUGACAGGUCACAAAGGACAAAUAAAUGCUUUGGCUUUUUCAACUUGUGGGCGUUAUUUAGCUUCUGGCUCCUCGGAUCAUCAUGUCCUAGUAUGGGAUCUAUCGCACGGUCAAUUGGUCACCUCUUUAGUUAGACAUACUGGCUCUAUACAAAGUAUGUGCUUCAGCAGAGAUGGCACUGUAUUGGCAGUGGGAGGUCUGGACUAUUAUUUAACUCUAUGGGACUUUACAAAAUUGACCGAAGACUAUAUAACACAAAGCACCAACGCCUCGCAUAAUCCCGAGAUUAGCGAAGGCGAUACUUAUUUAUUGAGGGCUUUUCCCACCAAGUCGACACCGUUUAUGACGUUACAUUUCACACGACGUAACUUGCUAUUAGCUGUGGGCACAUUCAAAUCAUAAAUUCUAUUCUUAAGCUAAUAUUUUUAAAUGUUCUUUUUUAGUUUGUAAGUAAAUAUUUUUCAUUUCAUUUAUUCCCAUAAAGAGAUAAGAUGUGUAAUUUAAAAAAAAUAAUAAAAAUUUCUAUAACUAAAGCAAA